AUGAAGGGAAGGGAAGGUGAGAGGCCAAAUAGUCCUUUUAAGAAGCAAAUUCUAACACCAAAAGAACAAAGCCUAACCCAAGAAAUAGUUUCUUUCGUCACUGUGAUGGAUAUAGAAAGAGAGUUUCACAUGACAGACUAUGCCAGAAACUCUUCCGUACAGAAGAAAGCAUCUGAUAAGACAAAACACAUAACAUUAGAAACAGUGCAACAACCCUACAAAGAGACAAGACCCAAGAGUUUAAAAAUAGCUGACCUGGGAUGUUCUUCAGGACCAAACACUCUUUCCACCAUUAAAGACAUCAUCAAAGCCGUCAAGUUUGCUCACCACCUUGAGAUCCCAAACCAGCCUUUGCCCGAAUUCAGCAUCUUCCUUAACGAUCUCCCUAGCAAUGACUUCAACUCUAUAUUCAAGUCCUUGCCUGACUUUCACACAGAGCUCAAGAGAGAUACUAACUAUGGUGAUUGCCCCUCAGUUUUCAUUGCAGCCAACCCUGGAUCAUUCUAUGGAAGGCUCUUCCCUGAAAAAAACAUCCAUUUUAUCUAUUCCUCUUUUAGCUUGCACUGGCUUUCCAAGGUUCCUCCAGGUUUGUAUGACGAUCAAGGCAAGUCCAUAAACAAAGGCUGUAUUAACAUCUGCUCCUGGAGCCCUGAAGCUGUUUCCAAAGCUUACUGCAGUCAAUUCAAGGAAGAUUUCUCCAUGUUCCUCAGGUUUCGAUCAAAAGAGGUGGUUUCUACAGGCAGAAUAGUGCUCAUACUACUUGGAAGAGAAGGUCCUAAUCCUGUUGGCAGAAGAAACUCUUUCUUCUGCGAACUCCUCGCAAGAUCCAUAGCAGAUCUUGUCGCACAAGGAGAAACUGAGCAGGAGAAGCUCGAUUCUUACGAGAAUCACUUUUACGCACCAAGUGCUGCUGAGAUGGAAGGUGAAGUGAACAAAGAAGGGUCCUUUGAAUUAGAGAAGCUACGGAUGAUUGAAGUGGCCAAUAAGUGGGGCAAGGAGGAUGGUAUCAGUGCCGGUCUGGUGUUUGCAAAGACGGUAAGAGCGUCUCAAGGGUCAAUGCUUGCUCAACACUUCGGAGAAAAGAUAUUGGACAAGAUGUUUGAUACAUAUGCUAGACUGAUUGACGAGGAGUUGGCUAAGGAAGACAUAAGACCCAUUACAUUUGUUGUUGUUCUAAAAAGGAAACUCUGAAACAUAGAAAUGAAACCUAUCUCUAUGUGUGUGUGACAAAUAUUGAAUAUACGAUAAUAAAACCAGAGUAUCAAGGAAACAUAUCAAGCAAAUAAAUUUGAUUAAAUCAUUUUUCAUUUCUACUUGAUGUAGCAUUUUCCAUGUAUUGUAUAUUUGAUUAAAUUUGAUUAACCAAGGGGAUAUUCACAAUUGAGACUUCACCUAAGCGGCACCGUAAUAAACUAGUUAUCCUCUAUAGUCAAACCAAAACCGUUUGA